UUUAGCUAGUUUGACUCAGACUUUAUGCAACGGCCCGAUAGUACAGCUCUUGUUAUAAAACUGAUCUUUGCGGGUCACGUGUCAACAGAUGAGGGGACCCCUGCUGACCGCAUCAUUUUUAAUGGAAGCGCACUGAAAGGUUGUCUGUGUGGAACCUCAGAAAUUAACCGUCAUGCAGUUGGAGGCUCAGCUGCGUUUAUGUCAAAGUUGUCUUUGGUGCUGCAAGAGUGGACUGCGCCUGCUCUCCCAAAGCUAUGCACACAGAAAAGCUGUGAACUACUACGACCUCCUGGGGGUCAAAUCUGACGCCAGCUUGGAUGAAAUUAAAAAUGCAUUUUUUGACAAAUCUAAGAAGCUGCACCCAGACAGUGACCCAUCCAACCCAGCGCUGCACAGCCAGUUUGUGGAGCUGAACGAGGCCUACCGCGUGCUGAGCAAGGACCAGAGCAGGAAGGAGUACGACUUCAAAAUCAGACGUCCAUACAGUGGAGGCCAGGCCUUCAGAUCCACCUCCAGUCACACCAGCUACAGAGCCAGUAGGGACGCCCAGGACAACAUUCGUUACUGGGAGCAGUUUCGUCACUCUCAUGCACAGGAGAUGAACACAGAGGAGUGGCAGAGGAGGAGGAGGAGGAAGAACUUCCACCUGUUGGGCUAUUGCAUCAUCACUAUAGUGCUCAGCAUCGGAGCCCACAUAGUCUUCUUCAGGAAACUGGAAGAAAUUCACAAUAACUUCAUGGACGAGAAAGAUCGAGUCAUCACAGAAAUUUACAAUGAAUCUAAAGAGAGGGCCAGGGUCAACGGUUUUAAGAAACAGACAGAAAUCCUGCGGCAGAAACAUGCAGAGUUUCUGGAGAAAUACAAAAUCCGCAACGAUGGAGGCGACAAGUAGGAGAGUCUCCAACUGUGCUCAGUGGUGAUGGAGUUAGAAGUACCAGCGGGAGGAAGACGGCAGAAUGACUGUGGCGCAAGUUUUAGUAUUUUAAAGUUUUUGUCCGCGUUUAUCAUCACUUGAAGACACAUAGAGCAUGGGUGUGAUGUGGGAGGGUUUCUCCAUGACCAAGCUGAACUGUAAAUCGGACUACUGAAGCAUUUACAGGUGAUAAAGUAUUUGAAGUGAUGCAACUUUGUAAAGGAUCCAGCUGCAGAGUGCACACAAACCUUUCAGAGCCGUAAUGAACACUGUUAAACUGCCUCGAGUGAACUCAAAGCAACAUGUUGUUCAUUGUUCUCAGCCUCAUUUCUGUGUUAGUGGUGCACAGCAUGCUGGGCUCACAGACAACAGUGAACCGAGUUGAUCAAGUCAAGACGAGACAGACUGAUAUAAUGCCAGUUCGUUUCCAGCUGAAAGAAACUGACAAAUUUGAUUAAAAUCAUAUCUCGGGCUGCACACAAGAGGACACUCUGUAAUGUUCUCACAGGUUUAAUGAGCCUGUUCGUGGGAGGAUGAUUGAGGAGGGUGCAGUAUAAUACAUGUCAAGAAAGUCAAAAGUCUCAGCCAUAAUCGUUUUCCAAGCAAAUUGUUCACAGUUAUGGAUUUUAACUCAUUGUUCCCUCUGUUGAGCCUGUGUUACUGUAGAAUUGUAACACCAGUGUUUCCAGACAGCGCAUAAGAAAAGGUUCAUUCGUUAGAAAGGGAUGACGCAAGUUUAUUUAUUAUUAACUACUGUAAUAAGGUUAAGACUAUGGAAAUGUGUAAUUUGAAUGGAAAGAUGCUCAUAAUUACAGAUGAAAGUUCCUCCAGAGCCGGCGUUUAUCAUAUUACCUCUCAGUUUUUAGGAUAUUAGAGAGUGUUGUCAUUUUUCUGUCUUUCACUGCCUUACCUCUCUCCCUGACGGGAUGGAAAAGAAAAUGAUUAAAAGAUCAGCUUUUCUCUCAUCAAUCAUUACUCUUUUUUCUACUCUCAUUCGCACACGCUUUGAUUCUGGUUGUGUAACACAGAAAAGGCUACACACACAGCUUUUCAAAA